UUCCAGCACCACCUUGAUAACGAGAUUUCCUUUAUCGUCUUUCGUCUUGCCCGCCAUCUCAAAUGCUUCCUCCGCCGAUUCCAGCCCUUUAAACCUGUGUGUGACAAGUUUCGAGAAAUCCGGAUAAUCCGGUCCUUUUUUCGACACAACUUCGAUGCCGGUCGGGUAUGUGUUGGCGUAGCGGAAAACACCCAUUAUAUCGACUUCACGGAGGGCGGCGGCAGAUAUGGGGAGUGUCUGAAUGGGAGUGCCCAUUCCUAUGAGCAGAAUCUUGCCUCCUGGUCUUGUUGCCUGGGUAUCGUUACUUGCACGCAUGAUGGUACACCAGUGCACUCAAACACUGCAUCCACUUCGCCUACCGGGCCGCCGCUCACUUUGAGUGUCUUUCCGAUCUCCGCCGCUGUCUCCUUUGCAAUUUCCAGGUUCUCUUCUAUUGUGUUACCUCGCUUCAAUGGAACUGUGAAGCCCCGAUGCGCAAAAUUGUUCUCUACUGCAAAACCCACGCGUCCAGAGUCGAUAUCUGCUAUCACUACGGUGCUGGCUCCGGCGAUCUUGGCCAUGGCGGCGACAAGCAGUCCGACAGCUCCAGCUCCAAAAACAAGCACCGUCGAGCCUACAGGAAGCUGUGCGCGUUUCGUAGCCUGUAUGCCUACUCCGAGAGGUUCGAGGAGCGCGCCUACAUCCAGUGAUAUGUUUUCUGGCAGUCUUUCUGAGUCAGUACCUCUGCAAGUCCAAGUCGCAAUCAAGCC